GAACGUCUGGUGUUGUCGGUGCUGCCACGCUUUGUAGUGCUGGAGAUGAUUAACGACAUGACCAACGUGGAGGACGAGAACCUACAGCACCAGUUUCACCGUAUCUACAUUCACCGCUAUGAGAACGUGAGUAUUCUCUUUGCUGAUGUGAAGGGCUUCACCAAUCUUUCCACCACACUCUCCGCUCAGGAACUUGUUCGGAUGCUCAACGAACUCUUUGCACGCUUUGACCGACUGGCACACGAGCAUCAUUGUCUGAGGAUCAAGAUACUGGGGGAUUGUUAUUAUUGUGUUUCUGGCCUUCCCGAGCCUCGACCGGAUCAUGCCCACUGCUGUGUUGAGAUGGGCCUCAGCAUGAUCAAAACCAUCAGGUAUGUGCGCUCACGUACGAAGCAUGACAUAGACAUGCGCAUUGGCAUCCACUCUGGCUCGGUUUUGUGUGGAGUUCUCGGUUUGCGGAAAUGGCAGUUUGACGUCUGGUCUUGGGAUGUCGACAUAGCCAACAAACUGGAGUCAGGGGGAAUACCUGGGAGGAUCCACAUCUCUAAAGCGGCUCUAGACUGCCUGAACGGUGAUUACGAGGUGGAGGAGGGUCACGGUAAGGACCGUAAUGACUUCCUGCGCAGGCAUAACAUCGAGACAUUCCUGAUCAAGCAGCCAGAGGAGAGCUUGCUCACACUGCCAGAGGACAUCAUGAGAGAUUCCACCAACCAAUCAGAGCACAGAACCUCUAACACUUCCUUCACGGAGGGAACAUGGAGCCCUGAACUUCCCUUCCAUAACAUAGUGGGCAAACAGAAUACUCUGGCUGCGCUCACACGUCACUCCAUUAACCUGCUCCCCAACCACCUGGCUCAAGCCCUGCAUGUGCGCGCCGGCUCACAGGAAAUUAACGCUCGCAUGCAGAGCGCCAUCGCCCUGCGCAGCGGGGACAAGCUCCGCCAAGAACAUAUCUCCCCCUUCUCUCUCACCUUUAGAGAAGCACUGCUGGAGCACAAGUAUUCCCAGAUGAGAGACGAGGUGUUUAAGUCUAAUCUAGUGUGUGCCUUCAUUGUUCUCGUCUUCAUCACUGGAAUACAGAGCUUACUUCCCUCUGCAAGGAUGGUCACUAUGGUGAUACAGUUCUCUGUCCUCAUCUUUCUGCACUGUUGCCUUGUUGUUGUUACAACGGCGGAGGACUAUAAGUGUUUGCCACUGGUUUUGCGAAAAGCGUGUUGCUGGGUGAACGAAACGUACGCUGCGCGGAACGUCGUCAUCUUCCUUUCCAUCCUCAUCAACUUCCUGGCUGCCAUGAUCAACAUACUUUGGUGUGAUUUCGAUAAAUCCGUCUCAUUCAGGAACCAGACGUUUAAUGCAUCGGCCUCAAUCCCGGAUAUCUGCUUUUACCCAGAGUAUUUCGUGUUUACUGGAGUGUUGGCCAUGGUGACCUGUGCAGUGUUCCUAAGACUCAACUCGGUUCUGAAGUUGGCCAUCCUGCUGAUCAUGAUCGCUAUCUACGCAGUGCUGACCGAGGCUUUCUACACACCACUGUUCAUCCGCUAUGACACACUUACACUCAAUCAGAGCAAAAGCUUCCUGGGAACCAAGGAAACGUCUCUGCUUCUCAUGGCGAUGUUCCUUUUAGCUGUGUUCUACCAUGGCCAACAGCUGGAGUACACUGCUCGUCUGGACUUCCUAUGGCGUGUGCAGGCGAAGGAAGAGAUAAAUGAGAUGCGAGAGCUACGUGAACACAAUGAGAACAUGCUCCGGAACAUUCUCCCCAGCCAUGUCGCACGCCACUUCCUGGAGAAAGACAGAGACAAUGAGGAGCUUUACUCGCAGUCAUAUGACACGGUGGGAGUGAUGUUCGCCUCCAUUCCGGGCUUUGCUGAUUUUUACUCUCAGACGGAGAUGAAUAAUCAGGGUGUGGAGUGUUUGCGGCUGCUCAACGAGAUCAUUGCUGAUUUUGAUGAGCUGCUGGGGGAGGAGAGAUUUCAGGACAUCGAGAAGAUAAAGACCAUCGGCAGCACAUACAUGGCUGUGUCAGGACUGUCUCCUGAGAAACAACAAUGUGAGGAUAAAUGGGGGCAUCUGUGUGCGCUGGCAGAUUUCGCCAUUGCUCUGAAUGAAAGCAUUCAGGAGAUCAACAAACAUUCAUUUAACAACUUCCAACUCAGAAUCGGUAUGGCACAUGGCUCUGUGGUGGCUGGAGUCAUCGGCGCUAAAAAGCCGCAGUAUGAUAUUUGGGGGAAGACGGUCAAUCUGGCAAGUCGUAUGGACAGCACGGGUGUCAGCGGCAAGAUCCAGCUCCCAGAGGAGACCUACGCCAUCCUGAACGAGCGCGGCUUCGCCUUCGAGUACCGAGGCGAGAUCUACGUGAAGGGCAUCAGUGAACAGGAAGGCAAGAUCCGCACGCACUUCCUGAUGGGCCGCGUGCAGCCCAACCCGCUCAUCCUGCAGCCGAGGAAGCUCACGGGCCAGUACUCGCUCGCCGCCGUGGUGCUCGGCCUGGUCCAGUCCCUCAACCGGCAGAAACAGAAACAAAUCCUCAAUGAAAACAACAACUCAGGCAUCAUGAAGGGCCACCACUACAACCGCAGAACUCUGCUGGCGCCGGGCGGCUCGGACACCAGCCACGCUGAGGUCACGGACAAGAGCGACCUGGCCUAGAUCUUGGAUGAGGAAAACAGACUGCGUACUGAACCAAAAGACUGAGCUGUACUUCAGACUGCUGCCGCUGACUGAGUGUCUCUCUUGCUGUCUGUGUUUCUUUUUGUAUUUCUUUUGUAUUUGAGAAACAAUAAAGGGGUUUAAUUUUUUUAUAAA